UGACAACAGGUGGGAGCUGCUGGGACUUCUCACCUGUGGAAGGGACAUGAUAGCGUGACUUCAGUGUGUGUGCUGGGUGUGAUGGCAGAGCUCCCGUCUGGACUGCUGGAGGCCUGUUUGGUGCUCGGGGCCCCAAGUGAUAAACUCAGAGACAUUUACCAGCUUCAUCAGCAGAAUAAGCUAAAGGAACCCCCCCUGCUGGACGCGGAGGUACUGCAAGUCCAUGCCCCGCCCUUUGUUACCAAGGAGACCAACUCCAACCAGGCGAUUGGUCCGGCGUUCAGCCGCGUCCAGAGGAGGAGGAGCUUCAUCAAGAAGAAGAGGAGAGAUCGUGUUGCGGAGACAUCGUCUAACGGAGAUACAGCCAAUCGUUCCGAAGUGUCGUCAGCGACCGAGGACAUCAGUGUUCCCAAGGAUCUGGACCUCAUCGCUCUGCCGCACCUGUGCUUCCCUGGUGGUCUUCAGUUAGCCAAUGAGCAGAAGGAAGACAGUUACCACUUCCUGGUUUUUACCGACUUGUUUGGGAACCGAACCCACGGAGUCGUUGUGCAGUACUACAGAGCCGUACAGUCCUGUCAGGAAAGCGCUGUCCAGAAUGGCCACCGAUGGACUUCAUCGAAGAGUCGUCUCUACGCUCCCUUCGCUGUGUGCAUCAUCUCCAAGUUCCCCUACUACAACGCCCUGAGAGAAUGCUUGUCCUGUCUCCUGGUCCAGUUGCGGCCUGCAAGACAAGCGGACAUCGAGGAGACCAUCAAGGAGUUUUCCGCCAAAUUGUCACUGGUCCCUUUACCACCUCCUGGUCAACUGCACGUGUCCUUCAGCCUCCGUCCUCUUCAGGUGGUUCUUCCAUCCAGGGAGGAUCAGGACAGCCCUGUUAUCGACAUCGACCUGCAUCUACCUUUCCUCUGCUUCACGCACACAACGCUCCUCCAGGUGCUGUCGUGUCUUCUUCAGGAGCAGCGGCUGGUCUUAUUCUCAUCAGACUGGGCUCGACUCACUCUGGUUGCUGAGAGUCUUCUGCUGUACCUGCAGCCUCUGUGCUGGCAGCAGCCCUAUGUUCCUGUCCUGUCCGGAGGAAUGCUGGACUUCCUCAUGGCGCCCACUGCCUUCCUGAUGGGCUGUCACAUCAGUCACUUUGAGGAGGUUGCUGCCGAGACGGAGGACCUCAUCCUGGUGAAUGUUGACGAUGGCAUCAUCCAGUCUUCGGGUUCGGAAACCAUCGACCUCCCAGCCGUCCCUUUGUCUGCAGCUGAGAGCUUCAUAUCACGGGCCGAGUGUCUCCAGCUUCAUUAUGACUUGGAGCUGUGUCACCUCGGAGUGGGCACCGAUGCCAAUGCCCUGCGGUGCCAACGCAGAGACUGGCAGAGACGACUGAACUCACAGAUACAAAACAUCGCCCUGGAGCUCGUGGUCAACAUUUUCAGAGACGUUCAGGACUUUUUAAACCACGAACACAGAGUUUUUAACAGUGAGGAGUUUCUGAGGACCAGGGAGCCAGCAGAUCAGAGCUUUUACAAGAAGGUUUUAGAAACGCAUAUCUUCCACUCAUUCCUGCGAGACAGGCUGAACAGGAAGCGGGACACUUUCAGCCGCAUGGAGCAGAACACGCGUAACAAUGGUCACAGGAAUCGUGCAAUGACGGACACUCCUCGUCGCCCUCCCAUGUCUGACCUGUCCAGGACCGGCUACAGCAGCUACGCCAGCCCCAGCGACCGACUGAGCAAGCGGCUCGGAGCCAGCCUGCCCAACCUGGAGCAACCCGCCAGCGACUCUAUGACCGCCAUCAGCAUCAGCCGGCCAGCCUCGUUCAGGAGGAUGACCCCUGAUAUCGGGUUGAAGCUUCCUCAGAAAGCAGUGAAGGUUUUCCGUCUCCCAGAGUUCCCCCCUCCUUUGGCCUAUCAUUACGUGCAGAACUAUUAUUCGGACAUGGUGGGUUCCCUGGGGAAGGCUAUUAACGCAACACCACCCGAGGAAUCUGCUCUUCUGGCAAGGUACCACUACCUGCGAGGUUUGGUGAACACUGUUUCGAACAAGCGUCUGGAUGCACUGGAGGACUUCCAGAGUCUCUACAAGACGGACUCAGAGAUCUUCCCCUCCCAGAUGGUGAAGUCGCUGGUGGACUCCCUGCCGGAGGCUGAGCGGUUACAGGCUGACAGGCGUCCUGAGCUCAAGCGGCUCAUCAGCCGGGUCAAGAGGGACCAGGAGCGGGAACAAGCGAGUCACGGCAACGGCCACGAGGAAGAUGCCGUGAAGCGCUUCAAGCUGCCGAAGAAAUACAUGCAGCUGGAGGAGUUUGUGAAAUGUGUGCAGGAGUCUGGGAUCGUAAAAGACCACGGGACCAUUCUCAGGCUCUUCGAUGCUCUAACUGUUGGUCAUCAGAAGCAGGUCGGCCCAGAGUUGUUCAGCGUGUUUUACACCAUCUGGAAGGAAACUGAGGCUGAAGCACAGGAGGUGUGUUUACCAGCAUCUGUGUUGGAGCACAUUGAGCCCAGCGAGUGCGUCUUCAAGCUGUCCUCCUCGGUCAAGACGAGCCGCGGUGUGGGCAAGAUCGCCAUGACCCAACGCCGGCUCUUCCUGCUCACCGAGGGACGGCCGGGAUACGUUGAGGUGGCACAGUACCGAGAUUUGGAGGAGGUGAAGGUGUCCUCGGCUCCCUUUCUGCUCCUGCGGAUCCCCAGCCUGAAGCUGCGCGUUCGGGGCAGGAAGGAGGCGUUCGAAGCCAACCUGAAAACGGAGACGGAGCUCUGGAACCUGAUGGUCAAAGAGAUGUGGGCCGGACGCAACAUGGCUGAUCAGCACAAGGAUCCUCAGUACAUGCAGCAGGCUCUGACCAACGCCUUGUUAAUGGAUGCAGUGGUGGGCAGCCUUCAGAGCAGUAAAGCUAUCUAUGCUGCUUCUAAGCUGGCUCACUUCGACCGCAUCAAGACGGAAGUCCCCAUGAUGGUUCCCAAGACGACUGCAGAGACGCUAAAGCACAAAAUAAACCCCUCGCUGGAGCUCGCUGCGCCUCAGCCUGUGGACGUACUUUUAUACACACUAGGUCAGUUGUGGGUGUCUGUGAGCGGAGGGAAGGUGAUGGUAUUCGAUGCCUCCAGCUGGUCCCUCACACACACCUGCCAAGUUGGCAAUGCAAAACUGAACUGCAUGCUGGGAGUUGACAAGGAUCAGGUGUGGAUGGGCUCCGAGGACUCUGUUAUCUACAUCAUCAGCAUGGUGGCCAUGGUGUGUAACAGACAGCUGACUGAACACAGGGGGGAGGUCACGGGACUGGCGCUGGACACGGACAAAUACAGCCAGAAGGUGGCGUACUCCUGCAGUGCAGAGGGAACAGUGAUGGUGUGGGACGUAUCAACACUACAAGUGAAGAGACACUUCCGCCUCUCCUGUGAUCGACUGGUGUCUGUCACCGGCUGGAACGGGAAGCUGUGGUGCUGCUCCAGAGACAGUAUAAUGGAGGUGUGGAGGAACGGCUCAUUGAAGCAUCGUCUGAAUCUGCCGGAGCAACAAAAAGGAGCUACACUUACAUUCAGCUCUUUACUGCUGUUAACUGAGAGGGAGGAGCUCUGGAGUGUGUGCGUUGACUCUGGAGAAGUGUGUAUCUGGUGUAUGAAGGAACCUACCAAACCGUUCCACCGUGUGGUGCUACAGGACUGCACUGGAUGUUACUGCAUGAUUAAAGUGAAAAAUCAGGUGUGGGUGGGUGGUGUCGGCCGCAGCUCCACCAAAGGAAAGAUCUACAUCCUGGACACGGAGCGCCGAGUGGUCCUGAAGGAGCUUCACGGUCACAGCGACAAGGUGACGGCGCUCUGCUCCGCCGAGGACCGCUACGUCCUCAGCGGUGCCGGCAAACAUGACGGGAAGAUCGCAAUCUGGAAGGUGGAGUAGGCGAGGUCUACGGACUGGAAAAUGGACAAAGUAACUCUGUUCUGAGACUCGUUCGAAGGAUCCCGGGUUGAGAGUCUGUGGGAACAAAUACAAAGGGCCAAGUAACAGGAGGGGAAUCAAAUUCACAACCUCGACCUGCAACUGCGUCACAGAGAUGUGAAGGAGUCACAUGGUCGUCAUGUGAAGUUUACAUUAAGCGUCACCAGCUGAGCGGCUGAGCUCCUGCCUGCUAUGAAGUGGUGAAAUGCUGACAUUACCGAUUUUACCGGAAUAUGAAGGACGAAUGAAGACUGAAAAAAGUAAAGUGGAUGCAGACAAGUUCUGCCGGGUUUGUACUUUUACUCCAAAUUGCUUCACUUCACCGAAGGUUUAUACAUUUUUUUGUAUUUAUAUUCUGCUCCUCCCAUGCAUUAUGUAAUGCUGAUCCCUGUUUAUUGUGAGUUUAAUCACACUAGUGUUACGUGGGAACAUCGUGUGACUGAGCCGAGCCUCCAGCUGUGUCUUUGAGCCGAUUCCCGCAGCUCAAACUACCCUGCGAAUAAAACUGGAGAGUGAGCCGUCGCUGUGGGGAAGCUUAUUAUGAUGGAAGUUAUCCUUUGAUGGAAAACACACAGUGGAGAGUGAUGGAGAAACAGGGUGAAAGCAGAUACAGAGCUGGGACUCGUGACACACCACCGACAUGUGAUAUCCAGUGAGGUGUGUCUCAGAGGAACUUGAAUACGUCCUGCAACAACUGGAGUCUGUCAGCGAUUUAAAAACACAAAGCAAGGACCAAUCCCAAACGGUAUACGCCUAAUAUAAUUUACCUUGCUUUUAAAGUUGCUACAUUUUCUUUACAAAUAUAGUUUGAUCUGUUUUAACCAGGAAGGUUUUUGUCUCACAACGAGGAUAUGAAGGUCCUUGUCAGAAACAAUUGCAAACAAACCCAAGUUUCCGGUUUUAAAACAGUUAAUGCAGAUAUUUAUAAUUCUAAGGAAAGAAACAAGCCAUAAAACACAUGUUAAAUAUCUAUUUAUGUGCUGUAGAAGUUAGUGUUAUUUACAGUGUUAGUGUUACUUGUAUUAACAAAGUGAAACCAGACAGACUGAUGUUAUUGAUUCUUCACAUACGGAGAAAAUUAUUUUUCUUACUUUUACUUUAACUUUCUGUAACUUUACUUUAUACAGAAGGUGCACUUUCUUUUUUUGUAACUUUUUUUAUCAAAACAUUACCAGUGGGAUUUGAGCAAUGAAACACUUGGGAGACACCUGAGGUUCGAUCAAAGGUUCAACUAAUAAAUCUCUACAGUGUGUAUAACUGUUGAACAUAAAUGUGACACAUACUCUUUUGUAAACGAAACUCUGCAACAAAACCAAUGUAUUUAUAUAUAUAUUUUUUCCAACUGGAUUUUUGUAUGACUGUAUGAAACUGCACAAUAUAUAUAUUCUCCAAGAUUGUCAGCAAGGUGUUUUUUAAAGCA